AUGUCCUAUGAGAUUGGUUUAAGCACGCCAACGGUGCCCAAUCGCGGCUUCACGCUAUGGAUCUGGUCGGUGGUGAUGGUCAUCCUGUCCGGCCUCUUUGUGGGCGGUCGGUUGGCCAUCCGUUACUAUAAUCGCCGUGUGGGAACGGACGACUGGACGAUUCUGGCGUCGCUGAUCUCGUCUGUGCUGCUCUCUCUAACCGAAUGUUCUGGUAAGGAUGGUAUCUCAUCAACCGAUCGAGUAUUCACUGACGGUCUAGCCGUGCAUUAUGGCUAUGGCAAACAUUCCAGGGACAUCGAACCGCAUGACCGGAUCAUCGCGCUGAAGUGGUUUUUUGCGGCCCAGGUCAUGUACAAAGUCGUCAUUACCAUCAACAAGAUCUCUUUCCUCUGCCUGUAUCUGCGCAUCUUCAUCCAGCCGGUCUUUCGCCGCAUUUGCUAUGGCGGAAUCGUCUUCCUGGUCGCCUGGGGUCUGGCAUAUAUCCUCGUCACCAUCUUCCAGUGCACGCCAAUAGCUUCGUUCUGGGAUAAGAGUAUCGUCCACAAGACCUGUGUCAACAGCAAGGCGCAGUGGCUGUCGUACGCGGUCAUCAAUAUACUCAGCGACGUGGCAAUCCUGACGCUGCCAAUCCACCCGGUCACCACGUUGCAUCUUCCACGAGCAAAGAAGAUGGCGGUCGUGGCAAUCUUUGGCAUGGGACUAUUCGUCUGCAUCACCAGUAUCGUACGCACCACUACCCUGGCCGGGUCCGCCGACAACAAAGACCCUACCAGCGGCCCAAUCCCGGCAACAAUCUGGAGUGUCAUCGAAGCCAACGUCGGCAUCAUCUGCGCCUGUCUCCCCGUGUUCCACCAGCCGCUACAAUUCUGCCUGCCGUGGCUUUUCGGCUCGCCGCGCUCGAACCCCCCGUCCGGGCGAACUCGCUCGCGCCCUAAAACCCAGAGGGACCGGAGUAACGGCUCGCUGCAGGAUCCCAAGGAUAUGUCUUGGCGCAAAUUGCAUGGUAGCGGGGGCAGUUACUCGAACAAUGUGUCGACCCGGGGGUACGAGCUGAACGACAUCGAGGAGACGAAGACCAGCCACGAGAUCCUGCGGGUGAUGGAUGUCGAGGUGUCCUAUCAGGAUGAUCGGAGGUCGGAUGCGUCCUCUCGGCCGUUCCGAAAGGGAGGGGGGUACUAA